CCCUUUAAACCAAAAAAGAUGUCAGCUUCCGAUACUGAUGUCUCCAAAGUAUCGAUUCUUGGUUCAGAAUCUAUUAUUCUUGGAUUCCAUUUAACUGACUACAUUGUACGAGAUGUCAUAAACAAUAUUCCAGCUUCUAAUUAUGUCCUGAUCACCGAUACAAACUUGGCUCCGUUAUAUCUCGAUAAAUAUGUUGAAACUCUUGAACAAGUAUUAGAAACAUCCAAUAAAACUGCAAGAAUCUUUACACGAGUCCUUCCUCCAGGUGAACUCACCAAGUCUCGCAAAACCAAAGAUGACAUUGAAGAUUGGCUUUUAUCUAAUGCUGUUACUCGAGAUACUUGUUUUUUAGCCAUGGGUGGUGGUGUUAUUGGUGAUUUAGUUGGUUUUAUUGCUGCUACUUUUAUGCGUGGUGUUCCUUUUGUUCAAAUCCCUACUACUUUGUUGGCUAUGGUGGAUUCUUCUAUUGGAGGCAAGACAGCUAUUGAUACUCCUGCUGGAAAAAACUUGAUUGGUGCUUUUUGGCAACCUAAACGUAUCUUUAUGGAUUUGAUCUUUUUGAAAACUUUACCUGAACGUGAAUUUGCUAAUGGUAUGGCUGAAGUUAUCAAGACCGCUGCUAUUUGGAGUGAACCUGAUUUUGUGAAACUUGAAAAUGGAGUGGAAGCUAUCAAACAAGCUGUGUUGAACAGUGAUCCUACUAACUCUAGUGAUGAUGAAUAUGAUUAUGUUUUACAAGGUGCCAAGUUGGAAACUAGAACUCCCGAACAAAAUUUAUUAUUGGACGUCAUUUUGGCUUCUGCUGGCGUGAAAGCUCAUGUAGUCACUGAAGAUGAACGUGAAGGUGGAUUACGUGGUCUAUUGAAUUUUGGUCAUUCUAUUGGUCAUGGUAUUGAAGCUUUAGUAUCUCCUCUUCUUUUACAUGGUGAAUGUGUUUCUAUUGGUUGUGUCAAAGAAGCAGAACUUUCUCGUAAUUUGGGUCAUCUCAAUCCUGUUAGUGUUGGACGUUUGGCUCGAUGUCUCGCUUCUUAUGGUUUACCUAUUAGCUUGGAUGAAAAGAAAGUCAAGGACCGUAUCGGCAAUCUUUAUUGUCAUGUGGAUGAUAUCAUGCAAGUAAUGAAGGUUGACAAAAAGAAUCAAGGAGAUAAGAAACGUAUUGUAUUAUUAGCCAAAAUCGGUCAAACUCUGGAACCUCGUGCAUCUGUAGUGGCUGAUACUGACAUUGAAAAGGUACUUGCUCCUGAACAACUCGUUUUACCUGUGACGGAAUCUCCUAAUGGUCCCAAGAAAACUGUUGAAUUAACUACACCUGGCUCCAAGUCCAUCUCUAACCGUGCUUUGUUAAUUGCUGCUCUUGGUCAAGGAACUGUUCGUGUUAAGAAUUUGCUUCAUUCUGACGAUACUCAAUUUAUGUUAGCUGCUCUUCAAGAUCUUGGUGCUGCCGACUUUGAAUGGGAAGAUAAUGGUGAAACUUUGAUUGUACAUGGUGGUGGUGGAAAAUUACGAGUGCCUAACAAAGAAAUCUAUGUUGGUAAUGCUGGUACUGCCUCUCGCUUUUUGACUACAGUGUUGACCAUGAUUCAAUCUGCCAAUGAAAAUCCUCAUGCUAUUUUGACUGGUAAUGCUCGUAUGAAACAACGUCCUAUCGCUCCUCUUCUUACUGCUCUCAAGGCCAAUGGUGCUCAAAUCAAUUCGAUUGAAAAGGAAGGUUUCUUACCCAUUGCUGUCACUCCCAAUGGUGGUUUCAAAGGUGGUCGUAUUGAAUUAGCAGCCUCUAUCUCUUCUCAAUAUGUAUCUUCCAUUCUGCUUUGUGCUCCUUAUGCUGUUGAACCAGUGGAAUUGGUCUUGACUGGUGGGCAAGUCAUCUCACAACCUUAUAUCGAUAUGACUAUUGCUAUGAUGGAAUCUUUUGGUGCUCAUGUCGAACGUUUACCCAAUAACACUUAUCGUAUUCAGCAAACUGUCUACCAAAAUCCGUCUGAUUAUGUUGUAGAAUCUGAUGCUAGUUCUGCUACUUAUCCAUUGGCUUUGGCUGCUAUCACUGGAACUACUUGUACCGUCACCAGUAUUGGAUCAAGUUCUCUUCAAGGCGAUGCCACUUUUGCUAUCAAUGUUUUACGACCUAUGGGUUGUAAGGUGGUUCAAACUGAAACAUCAACUACAGUCACCGGUCCUCCUAUCGGUCAACUACGUCCUUUACCAAGUAUUGAUAUGGAAACUAUGACUGAUGCCUUUUUGACUGCCUCCGUUUUGGCUGCCGUGACCUCUCCUCAACAAGCCGGUGCCGAAAAUAUUACUCGUAUCACUGGUAUUGCUAAUCAACGUGUGAAGGAAUGCAAUCGUAUCGCUGCUAUGGUGCAUGAAUUGACCAAGUUUGGUGUGAAAGCCUCCGAAUUACCCGAUGGAAUCCAAAUUACCGGUCGUGCUAUCAAGGAUCUCAAGGCUCCCAAAGAAGGUGUUCAUUGUUAUGAUGAUCAUCGUAUUGCUAUGUCCUUCUCUGUUCUCGCUAGUGUUGUUCCUAAUGGUACCAUUGUACAAGAAAAAAAAUGUGUGGAAAAAACUUGGCCUACUUGGUGGGAUGAUCUCGAAAGAAAGCUUGGUGUUCGUCUUAAUGGUGUGGAUCAAGGAAAACGUCUCUCUGAAUUGGAUCAUUCUGGCUCUCAAAAAGUGGUUCGUCGUACUAGCACUAUGGAUCACUCAAAAUCAAUUGUUAUCAUCGGUAUGCGUGGAGUAGGAAAAACUACACUUGGACAACAUGCGGCUGAAGUACUUGGAUUCCAAUUUGUCGACAUUGAUCACUACUUUGAAGCUACAUUGAAAACAUCUGUCUUUGACUUUAUCAAUACUUGGGGAUGGGAACAGUUCCGAAUCAAGGAAGCAGAAGCGUUACGUGCAGUAUUAGCUAAGGAUUCUCCUUAUGGACGUAAUUAUGUGGUCUCUUGUGGUGGUGGUAUUGUGGAAACACCUGAAUCUCGUCAAAUCUUGAAGGAACAUGUUCGAGCUGGUGGUAAAGUACUUCAUUUGGUACGCGAUCUAGACCAGGUGAUUCAAUAUCUCAAUAGGGAUAAGACAAGACCUAUGUUUGGUGAAGAUAUGGUGACUGUAUGGAAUCGUCGUCGUUCAUGGUAUCGUGAAGUUUGCAAUUAUGAAUUUGUGGCCUAUGCUGAAGGAUUGACAGAUGAUGGUUGGGUUGCUCCAACUGAAUGGGUGGCUAUCAAGAAAGAUCUUACUCGAUUCUUGUACUUUAUUUCUGGACGACAAACCAACCAUGUGGAUACGAAUCCUGCUCGUGUGGGUUUACCAACAACAUUUGUAUCUUUGACGAUGAAGGAUUUGCGUAAAACAGUGGAUCGAUUGGAGGAAAUUUGUGAAGGUGCUGAUGCUGUGGAACUUCGUGUGGAUCUUCUUGAACAACCAACGGAUGAACCUUCUUCUUCUUCAUCAUCAUCUUCUUAUAUCGAAUACGUUGGUGAACAAUUGUCUAUUUUACGUCGUCAUAUCGAUCUUCCUGUUAUUUACACCGUUCGAAGCAAAAGUCAAGCUGGUGCAUUCUCUGAUUAUGAUGAAAAUGGUAUGUUUGAACUCUUAUCCUGGGGUGCAAGAUGGGGUUGUGAAUACAUUGAUAUGGAAACGAUCUGGUCUUCUACUGCUAUUGAAUCACUAAUUGCCAACAAGGGUCAAAGUCUUAUUCUCGCUUCGUGGCAUGAUCUUCUUCGCCAAACACCUUGGGACAGCAAAGCUAUUCAAGUCAAAUAUGAUUUGGCCGAACGUUAUGGUGAUCUGAUAAAACUUGUAGGUGUAGCUGAAUCUAUGCAAGACAACAUGGCUCUUGAAACUUUCCGAACAAGUCGAUCAGGUGGAAAACCUCUUAUUGCUAUCAAUAUGGGAGCUGCUGGUCAACUUAGCCGAGUGAUCAACGAUUGUCUUACACCUAUCACUCAUGCUGCACUUCCUCAUAAGGCUGCUCCUGGUCAAUUAUCUUUAGCUGAAAUCUAUCGUGCUCGUCAUCUUAUUGGACUUCUUCCUGCAAAGAAAUUCUGGUUAAUCGGUACUCCUAUUCAACACUCCAUGUCACCUACAUUGCAUAAUACUGGUUUUGACGUACUUGGUUUGCCUCAUCAUUAUGGAUUAUUGGAAUGUCACAUGGUGGAAUAUGCUGAAGAAGCUUUACUCCAAGAUGAAUCGUUUGGCGGCGCUUCGGUAACAAUCCCUCACAAGGUAGCAGUGAUGAAGUAUUUGGAUGAAGUGACUGAAAAUGCCAAGGUGAUUGGUGCAGUGAACACGAUCUCUGUACGAUAUGUGAAUCAAAAUGGUGUCAAAGUGCGCAAGUUGGUGGGUGAAAACACGGAUUACCUUGGCAUCAUGCGUCGUGUUCAACCAUUGAUGUUGGAUCCUAACAAUCCUCCAGAACAAGGUUUGGUGAUUGGUAGCGGUGGUACUGCGCGUGCUGGUCUCUAUGCAUUGUACAAGAUGGGCAUUCGCAAGAUUUACUUAUGGAACCGAACUGUGGCUAAGGCAUAUGAACUCAAGAAACAAUUCGAUACUUUGAUGGAUGUCCACGUACUUGAUUCAUUGGACGAUCAAACAUCAAUUGAACCUGGUGUGAUUGUUUCUACUGUGCCAGCUGAUAGCGGUAUUCUUCUUCCUGAUCAUCUGUAUGGAGGUAUUCGGGGUAUUAUCUGUGAUAUGGCAUAUAAACCUCGUCGUACCAAAUUGUUACUUCAAGCAGAACGAAAAGGUUGGUCUUGUGUAGAAGGUAUUGAAGUCUUGAUCUCUCAAGGUGUUGCUCAAUUCGAAAUUUGGACUGGCAAGCAUGCACCCGUACAAAAGAUUGAACAUCAAGUCUUGAAGAAAUACGAACUUUAGGAUAGAUUAUGAUGAUAGAUGGUAAUAGAUGUCAUUUUAUCCAUUUAUCUUUUCUUUUUCUUCAUUAUAUAGUUUAUAUUAUUAUAUGUAUUCACUUUAUUCAAUAAAAAAUAGUAUUAUAUAUAUUUUUUUUUAUUUA